AUGUCAGGAGUAAUUCGGUUCAAGGAAGAAAUCUCUAAGCGUUUCAAGUCCCACACUGAUCAACUUGUGCUGAUAUUUGCUGGAAAAAUUUUAAAAGAUCAAGAUACUUUGACUCAGCAUGGAAUUCAUGAUGGACUCACUGUUCACCUGGUUAUCAAAACGCAGAACAGAUCACAAGACUAUCCAGCUCAGCAAGCAAGCACCACUGGGAGUACUUCUACCACAUCAACCUCAAGCAGUAGUACCUCAACACCAGCUUCAACAAAUAGCAACCCUUUUGGCUUGGGUGGCCUUGGAGGUUUGGCAGGUCUGAGUAGCCUGGGCUUAAAUACAUCAAACUUUUCAGAGUUGCAAAGUCAGAUGCAGCGGCAACUUAUGUCCAACCCAGAAAUGAUGGUUCAGAUAAUGGAAAAUCCGUUUGUUCAGAGCAUGCUUUCAAAUCCUGACCUGAUGAGGCAGUUAAUUAUGGCUAACCCUCAAAUGCAGCAACUUAUACAGAGAAAUCCAGAAAUCAGUCACAUGCUGAAUAAUCCAGAUAUAAUGAGACAGACACUAGAACUUGCUAGAAACCCUGCAAUGAUGCAGGAAAUGAUGCGAAACCAAGACCGAGCCUUGAGCAACCUGGAAAGUAUACCGGGUGGAUACAAUGCCUUGCGACGUAUGUACACAGAUAUUCAGGAGCCAAUGUUGAAUGCAGCACAGGAGCAGUUUGGAGGUAACCCCUUUGCUUCUUUAGUAAGCAAUGCAUCAACAGGGGGGGACAGUCAGCCAUCUCGUACAGAAAACAGAGAUCCUCUACCAAAUCCCUGGGCUUCUCAGUCCAGCUCACAGACCUCCACGACAAGUACCAGCACCAGUGGUGAGAGCGGUGGCAGUAGUAGUGCUGGAAAUAGCACCUCUGGCAGUACGGGACAGAACUCAACUGUACCAAAUUUGGGACCUGGACUAGGAGCUGGUAUGUUCAACACACCAGGAAUGCAGAGUUUAUUACAGCAGAUAACAGAAAACCCGCAACUUAUGCAGAAUAUGUUGUCUGCACCCUAUAUGAGAAGCAUGAUGCAGUCAUUAAGCCAGAAUCCUGAUCUUGCGGUACAGAUGAUGUUGAAUAAUCCUUUAUUUGCUGGAAAUCCUCAACUUCAGGAACAAAUGAGACAACAACUUCCUACUUUCCUUCAGCAAAUGCAGAAUCCUGACACAUUAUCAGCUAUGUCAAACCCUAGAGCAAUGCAGGCUUUGUUGCAGAUUCAGCAGGGCUUGCAAACGCUAGCGACAGAAGCACCGGGGCUUAUACCAGGAUUUAAUCCUGGUUUAGGUGGAUUGGGAAGUGCUGGAGCUCCUGCAGGGUCUACAGUACCUGGUUCUGUUCCCAGUGAAAAUACAACUCCAGCAUCAGGAACUGCUGAAUCUGGUCAGCAGCAGUUUGUCCAACAGAUGUUGCAGGCACUUGCUGGUGCAAAUGCUCAGUUGCAAAAUCCAGAAGUUCGAUUUCAGCAACAACUGGAACAGCUGAGUGCAAUGGGCUUUCUGAACCGCGAAGCAAACUUACAAGCACUAAUAGCAACAGGAGGAGACAUCAAUGCAGCUAUUGAAAGGCUGCUUGGCUCUCAGCCUUCAUAGCAGUGUUUCUUUAACUUGAAAAAAUGUAAUUUAUUUUUGAUAACAGCUCUUAAAUCUUUAAAUAUUUGCUUUAUUUCACCCUGACAAUGACAGUCCUAGGGUUGUCUUGUUAUAACUAAAAUUGGUCUGAUGCAUUUUAAGGUGGAGUGCGGUAGCUUUCUUCAAACAGUGGGAAUCAAUGCAUUUUCACUCUGUUGCAUGCAUCACUCUUCUUUUGUUCUGCAUUAUUUGUGAUUUUUUUGAAACUAUCAGCUUUCACAGUUGAGUGAACAGGUUUUGGCUGACCUGCAACUGUACAAUUUAUUUACUACUUAAACAUUAGCCUUCAGUAGUAAUUUAUGUAGAAUACAAAUUAAGAAGGAAACAAAUUAAUUGAAGCUACAAUUUGUGGGCACCAAUACUGCUUAUUGUGAUUUCGGCAUGUAUUUUUUUUGCUAGCAAAACGCU